AAGCUUUCUCCACCGCACCUGCUUUGCGACGGACUUGCUGCUGCGUCUUGUACUAGUUCUGUUAUUGCUACCAACCUAGCUCCCCGCCUUCAUUUUUCUGACACCACAAUUGUCAUUAGGCCACUACAUCCACCACACAGUCACGUAUUCGACAUUCUUUUAUCAUACAGAGUCGGAGCUUGGUGCUGCCAAUAAAGAGGACUGUUCAUUUCCUCAAUUGCUUCCUCCGUCAAUCGUAGGCUCUCCGUAGCGUGUUGAACACGCCACUAGUCUAUAACCAUGGUAGCGGGAGGUCCGUGGCUCCAGCGUGUGAUCCAGUACGUCGCGAACGAGCUGAUCGUUGAUCGGUUAGCGAACAGCCCUACGUUCCAGCGGUUUGCUGUCAGAUCCAACAAGAAGAUGCAGGAGCUGGCGCAGAAAGGAGUGGCGCAGCGGGAGUCGCUAAUGGAGCAGGUCAAACAAUUCAGUGAACAGCUCAAGCAAGGAGCAGAGGGCUCUGGAGGCAGGAGAUGAUUUCCGUUGUAACAAUAAAUCUAGGGCCUCUCAGUGUAAUACAUUUCUGUACAGUAGGGAAUUUGCACCUGCCACUGACUCAAGCACCCAUGAGCAGCAGCAGUCCAUAGUAAUCGUUCAGAAUGGAUACCACUGAACCAAGAUCUACCAGCACACGGAACAGCAGAUAAAUCCUGGGGGACGCCAUGCAAGUUGCAGACCAUCAACCAGAACAUCUAUUGUCAACCUAUACAUAUAUUUGUAUGUAUUAUCAGGCUUUU